GAAAGCUGUUUAUUCUCUGUUACAUCACUUCGCUUUGCCUUCGAAGGCUGGUCUGUGCUCUGUGUUUUCGUGGUGAUGCAAGUCUGCUCUCUCCUCCAGCCGUUGGGUCCCUCCCAUCUCGCAGCACCUCACAGGUCUCUUCCCCAGCAGUGCCUCGCUGGAGCCAGGAGCGGCUCACGAAUCAGCUGCAGGUCCCUGUUUUGAAAAGCAGAGAGACAGAGGCAAAGGAAAAGGGUGGACUCUUAUGUGACCUGAUCUUAGAGCAAGACAAUCACCAUCUGAAUUCCAGAAGCCCUGUUCAUGUUUGGGGAUAUUUUUUCGACUGCAUGGAAUCAGAGAGAAGCCAAAGGAUGGGAAAUGCCUGCAUCCCCCUGAAAAGAAUUGCUUAUUGCCUAUGUCUCUUAUCUGCGCUUCUGCUGACUGAGGGGAAGAAACCAGCAAAGCCAAAAUGCCCUGCCGUGUGUACUUGUACCAAAGAUAAUGCCUUAUGUGAGAAUGCCAGAUCCAUUCCACGCACCGUUCCUCCUGACGUUAUCUCACUAUCCUUUGUGAGAUCUGGUUUUACUGAAAUCUCCGAAGGGAGUUUUUUAUUCACACCAUCGCUGCAGCUCUUGUUAUUCACAUCGAACUCCUUUGAUGUGAUCAGUGAUGAUGCUUUCAUUGGUCUCCCACAUCUAGAGUAUUUAUUCAUAGAAAACAACAACAUCAAGUCCAUUUCAAGACAUACUUUCCGAGGACUAAAAUCUUUAAUUCACCUGAGCCUUGCAAACAACAAUCUCCAGACUCUCCCAAAAGAUAUUUUCAAAGGCCUGGAUUCUUUAACAAAUGUUGACCUGAGAGGUAAUUCAUUUAAUUGUGACUGUAAACUGAAGUGGCUGGUGGAAUGGCUAAGCCACACCAAUGCAACUGUUGAAGACAUCUAUUGUGAAGGCCCUCCGGAAUACAAGAAGCGCAAAAUCAAUAGUCUUUCCUCUAAGGAUUUUGAUUGCAUCAUUACAGAGUUUGCAAAGUCUCAAGACCUGCCUUAUCAAUCACUGUCCAUAGAUACUUUUUCUUAUAUGAACGAUGAGUAUGUCGUCAUCGCUCAGCCUUUUACUGGAAAGUGCAUUUUCCUUGAAUGGGACCAUGUAGAAAAGACCUUCCGGAAUUAUGACAACAUCACAGGUAUGAAAAGGCUGACUGUAUUUUGAAUGGAAAGUUAAACU